UUUACAUUCGGAAGUAAAGCAACGCAGUCGGCGCAGUUUCUGAUCAUAUGGGCAUAGGGGGAUCGUGUGAGACAUGACAGCGUCGAGGAUCGUAUGAAGUCAUAGCAGAACGUCUCAACGUACCGAAAAAUUGUUACUGGCGCUUUUCGAGAUGGAAGGAUCUAACAAGAAAGGCACGUUCGGGAAGGUGUCCUUAGGAGCAAGUGUGUCCUCGCUUAUUGAUCUAAAGGCGGAACUACUCAGGAAAAGGGAAGCUGUAAAGGUGCAAAAGCUAAAACAGUUCCAUCCUGAAGACGGUUAUGUCAAACAGAAGCUUAUUCUUGGAAGCUACUCCGGUGCUGCUACUAAGAAGGAACCGCCGAAAAAGGCGCCCGCGGCUCCGGACAUUGCAGAAGAGGACGCAGAUCUGAAGAGAUCAAGGGCUGCAUUACAACGGAAAGCUAAACUUUAUGAGAAGCUCAGCUCUGGCAAAGUGAUUCCAGGAGAUGAAGAAGCAAGCCAGUAUGUUGUGAACUUCCAGAGAAAGGCAAUGGACGCAGCGGUCGAAGAGAGGGAGCGGCGAGAGAUGCCCACUGUGCCCACAAGGGAAGAAGCUGCUGCAGUGUGCAGUAAGGACGAUCUCGACGCAGAUGAUAAUGCGCCAAGUGCAGACCAUGAGGCCUUGGACAAGAGCCUUGCGGGUACAGAAGAAGAAUGGGUGGACUACACCGAUGCUCUCGGAAGAUCCCGGAGAUGCAUGCGAAAAGACCUGCCUGCUCUCAUUGACAGUGACAAGGAGCUUACAGGAAAGGCUGGUGUUGUCGAAGCAGACAUUCCUGAACGCACGGCACAGUUCCUGGCGCAUGAACGCACACGCGAGCAGCUAAGACAGCAGUGGCAGGAUCAAGAAGCCGAGAAUGCGUACAAAGAGUCAUUGCACUACGGCGACGUGCGCUUCCAAGAGGCCAGAGAGCAUGGUGUUGGCUUCUAUGACCUUUCUGGCGAUUCUGUGGAGCGCCAGAAACAAUUGGAGCUGUUGAACAAGCUCAGAGAGCAAACUGAGAGACAGAAGGAGAUAUCGAAGAAAAUGAAACAGAAGAGAAAGGCCAUGCUUGAAGCACGCCUGGCUAGGAUUCGUCAGAAAAAGAACAUACCGGACAACAAGCAGGAGGAAGAAAAUAAAGAUUCAUCAGAAGAUGAAACUGAACAAGUGGACGCCAACAGCAGUGUGCCUGACCGGCCGAAAAUUGCUGGUGAUUCCAACACCCUGGAAGUUCCUGAAAUGAGGCCGUGGGAUGAAGGAAAGAAUCUGGCGGACAUGGUGAACGAUCCACUCUUCCGAAAGAAGAAAUUGUCGCAGGAUGACUGGGUGGAGCUUCAGAGGCAAGAAAGGCCGACGGAGUUUGCCCCUCCAUCUGCAUACCGCCCGGCUCCUGGUCCCAAAAGGCCAAAGUACUCCAACUUCACUAAGGGGCAGACGCAGUUUGGAGCCAAUGUGGACACGAGUGAUUUUCAAGAAACCGAGCAGGCCUCACAACCAAGGCACCUGCAGAGCUCUGCCUUCGAAGACAUGAUCGCACAGAGGCUAGCCGAAGCACGCAGGGCAAGCGAACAGCAGUCACCGUGGGGUGGCCCCUUUUGAGAUUGUCAGUAAACGAUGUGACUUUUGUCCGUUCACUUGUGCGAGCUCGUCGCAGUUUAACAAGGCACUGUGUCCGAGUUCCUAAUACAAUAGUGGGGAGCUUAAGUGAGGGAAGACUAGGUUUCAAUGUUGUAAGCUGUCUAACAGUGAGCAUGGCGCCAUCUAUCAAAUAGAAAAUCAUGCAUCAGUAUUGGAGAUUCUUAUAUGACUUGGCACUCCAACGAAGCUCACAAGCUUUCAUUUAUUCAUGUGCUCAGAUCACAGAUGUCACUUCUGCAAUGCUGACUGUUCUAUACAGGCUGCCGCAAGAUGAGACGUAUUUGCCUUCCGAGUGAGUGUUUGUACAAUGAGAAAACAUGAACUUAAUAGAAGCACUAUUCAACUUAAUAUGAAGAGCAUUCAUAUUAUUGUUGGCAAUUAUCAACUUAAUUCAAAAUGAACAAAUAUAUAAUUUAA